GGGACUUGUAGUUCGUCCGGCUGCACGGGCUUGUUGCCCGCAAACAGCUCGGAACUACAAUAGCGACGAUGGUGCGCAGGCGCAGUAUGUCUGAUGGCUCGUUGGACAAGCGCAUUCUGAAUGAUUCCACGACCCCUGCGUUUUUCGACGGGAAAGUGAGGAGUUACAACGCUAUUCCGGAGUGUUAACUGCCUAUUCCGACUUCUGUGUAUUCCCAUCAUCCAGGGGAGGAUUGGGAUUCAGAAAUGGCAGAACGUGUGAAUAACUUUCCUCCGCUGCCCCAGUUCCUGAGAAUAAAGCCAUGCUUUUACCACAACAUAGAGGAGGAAAUUCCCCCACCCCACCAGCAGUUGGUGCGCAGAGUUUACACUCUUUGGAUGAUGUAUUCAGCCACAUUGUGCAUAAAUGUGAUCGCAUGUAUUGCCUGGUGGGCUGGGGGUGGAAGUGCCAUAAACUUUGGCUUCUCCCUGCUCUGGCUCAUCCUCUUCAGCCCCUGUAGUUACACCUGCUGGUUCCGACCACUCUACAAAGCUUUCAGGGCUGAUAGCUCGUUCAACUUCAUGGCCUUCUUCUUCAUAUUCUUCCUCCAGUGUGUCUUGUCCCUCAUCCAGACUAUAGGCAUAUCUAACUGGGGAACAUGCGGCUGGAUCGCUACAGUGAUGUUUUUCAGCCAAAAUGUGGGCUCGGCUGUAGUGAUGCUAAUCGCAACUCUGCUCUUCACACUGGUGACUGCUUUAAUGGCACUGGUGCUCAUUAGGGUGCACAGACUGUACCGUGGCGGUGGCGGGAGUAUGUCGCGCGCUCAGGAAGAGUGGAGCUCCGGGGUGUGGAAGAGUGCACCGGUGAGAGAAGCAGGAUUCAAUGCUAUGGCUCAGUCAGCCCAAGGCCCGAGCUUGCCUCAGUACCCUGCUGCAGUGCCAAGCUAUCCCGACAACAGUCACUGGUGAUAGCCAAGCACCACCUCUAGAUGGAGACAGAUAGCUGACCAUGUCUGUGGUGCACAGCAGAACACCUAAAAGCCCAUAUCAUUUCACCAUUACAUGACUAAAUGCAUUUAUAAUGCAUCCUUAUUAUUUGAAUGAGAGGAUACAAUUGUUAAAGAAAGAUUUAUCCCAGAGUUUUGUCAGCAGAGCUUGUUGAGGCCCGUUACUUCUUCUAGAGGGUUAUAUUCAAAAUGUACCAUUCCAUUUCAGUUUUGAUUUACAAUUUUACGCUCAAAAGAAAGGGAAGAUGUACUUUUUUUUCAAAUACGCAAUUGCAAACUCAAAAACGGCUUCAUGAGAGCAGUAUGUGAAGGACGUGUGCCUUAUGGACAUUUCUGCAUGGAUUGUUUUAUGUGUUGACAGCUGCAUGCUAGAAAUUAAAGUGAGCUGAAGAACAGGGUUGUUGUUGUUUUAUUUUGCAACAGGAGAAAGUAUGCAAACUGCACGAUUUUUAUCUGAUGGAAUUCCUUUCUGUGUAGUAAGUUUAUUCAGGCCAAACUUCAGCUAAGUUUUAGUCGAUGUGCUCGAUAUCUCCACACUCGCCUGCUUUAGCUUUCUUGAAAUGCGCCUUACUAUUACGUGUAGAUUGUGCAUAUGAAAAAUGCUUGACUGUCGCCUUAACAAAUGCCUUUUUUGUCAAACUGUACUUAUGCUUCAGUGAAGCAACAUGUGGAAACAUCUCAAAAGUUGUUGGUGCAUACUCCUCUUCUGUGAUUUCUCACUGAGCACCUCUGUGCCAAAAAUGCUUGUCUUUACAUUGUUUUGAUACUGCCAAAAUGUCGCAACCUAAGUUGAUGCGUGUUGUACUCUGCCUUAGUAUUUCUCAGUUUCUGUAUUUCCCAAUCUGCAAUGUUUGCUUUCAUUGGUUAGCGCCCUGCAGUGAAAGAACCUUAUCAACUGUGUCACUGUUCCAGACACUUUUCAAUUCUCCUCAGAUUGACAGAUUGUUUGUGUUUAGUGACUGUGUGCAUGCAGUUUAUCAUGGGUAUGAGUAAUUUUUUCAUUUAAAAUAUACUGACCUUAUGUAACAAAUAUGAACAGAUACAAACAACUCAACUGAUUUAAAGAAAAACCACCUGUAGAUGGAUCUGCAGUAAGGUGAAAUCUUGCAUGCAAAUGUAGUCCCAGCUGAUUUUACGUCAUUCCAUCAAAAUAUCACACUGGAAAAAUCUGAUUGAAGCCAAUGAAUGUGGCUUUGUAUGCAGGUAAUAUAGCAACUUGUUUUUAUUUUGUUUCAAUGAUUAAAUCGAAGCCCAUAUGAAGUACGAGCACCAACUGGAAGGAAGAGGUGCCUGUCUCAUAGUUUGACGAUUUAUUUUUCUUUUUUUGUUACAAAGUGUCCUUUGUGGUCAACUGCCAAAUUUUAGUAUUUUGUUUUUUCUGUUAUUUGAUAAGUGACAAAAGAUUACGGAUGUUAAAACAACCUUUAAAUAUUGCAACAUUUCAAUAAAUAUUCUUACUCAUG